GGUCGUUUCCACUUCAGCAUGGGUACUGCGGUGUCCAAAAGGAAGAGUCUGAGGAGUGACGCGAUAUCUUCCGUGGCCGCAAAAGUCAGAGCAGCCAGAGCUUUUGGGGAAUACUUGUCCAAUGCCAACCCAGAGAACCGCAACGGAGCAGAUCACCUCUUGUCCGACACCUUCCCCAGCCAGGACUGUGACUCUCCGUGCGUCAGCCGCCUGCAUGACAGCGAUCUGACGCCACAGAUCCACAGCUUACCCAUCGCUAAACCCACCCAGUCCAGCCAGCCCAAUCCCAGUGCUCAUCUGCAGCCUCAGGCGAAAGCCCUCCAGGCACCGUUGUGCCCCUCUAAGCGACGAGUCUCUGCUGAGCGCAGCCUCUCCACGGAGGACCCGCAAGGGGCCCGGGGACCUGAGGAGAACACGGUGGUGAAGCCAGCCGGGGUGUACACCAUCACCAGGGAAGGGGGGAUGACCCUGGGGGGCCGAGGCAGCGAGGAGAGCCUGGAGCUGGAGGUGCUGAAAGGCUCUAGGGUGCAGCAUCCGUCCCAGGCUCCGGCCAACCACGACCCGUCCUGCACCAGCCAGCCGGCCACCGCGGCCGCCCGCGGCGGCCAUCACCGUAGCAGCCAUCACCGCAGCAGCCAUCACCACGGCCACCACCAUCACGGGGGCGCACCGGCAGCGUCACAGCCGCUGCAGAGCUCGGGGAGCGCCAGCAACAUCCGGGACUGGGGGAUGAGGAGAGGGGGGUCGCGGGAGGACAACACCCCGGACUGCGUGGCCUGCAUCCGGGCUCCGUGUCAAAGCCAGCGCUCCCUGGACCUGGACCCCUCACCGCAGGAUGGAGGGAAGCCCCGCAAGAAACUGGAGAGGAUGUACAGCGAGGACAGAGCGCCGACUGAUGACAGGGAGGACAAUCCUAAUAGCUGGUUCCCCAAAGAGAAUAUGUUCAGCUUUCAGACAGCCACCACCACCAUGCAGGCAAUAUCGGCUUUCCGAGGCAUUGCUGAGAGAAAGAGGCGGAAAAGAGAGCGGGAGGCCGCCACCAUGAUGGAGAGAAACUUCCGCAAGCACCUCAGGAUGGUGGGCAGCCGCAGGAUCAAGGUCCAGACCUUUGCCGACCGCCGAACCAAGAGCUUCAGCCGCUCAUGGAGUGACCCGACACCCGUCAAGCCCGACUCGCUGCAUGACUCCAGAGACAGUGGCGAGCUUCAGAGCUCCUCGGGGACUCUAGAUGAAGGGCCGGACGAGGACGCCGACUGGGAGGAGGAGAGGGAGAUGGAGAGGGCGGCCUGUGAAGGAGAAGACUUCAUCCCACCUAAAAUCAUGCUGGUAUCCUCCAAGGUCCCAAAGGCUGAAUAUGUCCCGAACAUCAUUCGUAGGGACGACCCCUCCAUCAUCCCCAUCCUUUAUGACCACGAACAUGCCACAUUUGAUGACAUCCUCGAGGAGAUCGAGAAGAAGCUGACUGCCUACAGGAAAGGCUGUAAAAUCUGGAACAUGCUCAUUUUCUGCCAGGGCGGUCCGGGCCAUCUUUACCUGCUGAAGAACAAAGUGGCCACCUUUGCAAAGGUGGAGAAGGAAGAUGACAUGAUCCAGUUCUGGCGGCGGCUCGGCCGGCUGAUGAGCAAGCUGAACCCGAAGCCCAACCUCAUCCACAUCAUGGGCUGCUACGUGUUGGGGAGUGCCAAUGGAGAAAAGCUGAUCCAGACUCUGAAGAGGCUGCUGAGACCCUCCUCGGUUGACUUCAAGUCCCCACUGGAGCUGUCUGCAGAGGGCAAAGAGAUGAUCGAGAUGUACUUUGACUUCCGUCAGUUCCGCCUGUGGAAGAGCCGCCAGCACUCCAAGCUGCUGGACUACGACGACCUCCUGUGA